UCCAAAUGGUACCCCCCUCCUCCUUCGCUCUCUCUCUCUCUCUCCCUCUCUCCCUCCUAUCUCUCACAGGAGUCUCACCCCCAAGCCCCCAGCGCCAUCUUUGCCCAAUACCAAACCCACACAUACAAAAGGCUGAAGGCUAUUCAACUAUAAGUUUCACUGACAAGUGUUCAACUCCACAGCAAAGCUAGGGUUUUUUUUUUUCCUUCGCCCUUAAAGAAUAGUUUUGAUUCCCUUGGGUGAUGCUUCAAACUCCGUUUUCGAAUCAACCUCAGACCUAGCACCGAGCAAUGUACGGCCACACCCAACCGCCCAACCAGUUCGCCGCCGCUCCCGACGAAGAUCCUGCCGCCGACGGCGAGUCGGCCGACGAUCGGCGCGUGCAGUACGAAGGCGGGUCUUUCGACGACGUGGAGAUCGUGCCGACCGAUGACGUGUACGCGGACGGCGGGUCGGACGCGAUGCUGCAGCGGAGCAGCGAUGGUUCGAACCAGCUCACGCUGUCGUUCCGUGGCCAGGUUUUUGUGUUCGACGAUGUUACGACGGACAAGGUUCAGGCAGUGCUACUGCUUUUGGGGGCAUCUGAACUUUCUUCUGCCAUGCAAGGAGCAGAAUUAGGAUAUCAGAAUCACAGGGAAUCAACGGAGUUUCCCAUGAGAUCUAGUCUGCCACAGAGAGCCGCCUCUCUAAUUAGGUUCCGACAGAAGAGAAAAGAGCGAUGCUUUGAUAAGAAAAUUAGAUACAAUGUCCGCCAAGAAGUUGCACUUAGGAUGCAACGUAAGAAAGGCCAGUUCACUUCUUCCAAAAAGUCUGAGGAGUCCGCCAGCUGCAAUACUGGUGAGGAUUCAGGACAAGAUGAUACGCCACCAGAAACUAUAUGCAAUCAUUGUGGCACUAGUUCUAAGGCGACUCCAAUGAUGCGGCGGGGGCCAGAUGGUCCGAAGACUCUUUGCAAUGCAUGCGGCCUGUUCUGGGCAAACAAGGGGACUAUGAGGGAUCUUUCUAAGAAAACACAUGAUAAUGCUCUGACUCCUGCUGAACAGAGUGAAGGUGUAGCUUAUAGUUCUGACUAUGGAACCCCCAUCCGCACACAUUGAUCUUCUUCCUUUCGCCAGCACUUUUAGCAUCUGAGCGAUAGGCUUUUACGAAAAAGCAGGCAAAUUGAUUGCUCGGAUAUCAUUGAUGAGUAGAAGAAUUGUCAAAAAAUUUACUUUUUAAGACUUCUCUUAUCGGUUGUACAGAUAAGUCUUUAUCUAUACAUGGGGCCCUUUUCUUAUGUGUUCUGUACUUUGCAGAGUUUAACUUGAGAGAUUCUCACUAAUCACAUAUAACUCUCAUAAGAGAAGAAAACUUGAGCAUGAAAA